UGGAGACCUGGAAGGAAAAAAAUACUUCUUUCAUUUUUCAUAACUUCCUCACCCUUCAUCAAAAUGUCCAAGCAGCUUAUUUAAAAAACAAAGCAAAUUCCAAAGGCACAUUGCAACAAGUAAAAGCUGCUGCAAACAGUCUCCAAGGGCAGCACCAAGACAAAACAUCCCACCACAAUGGAAGAAACCAGGCCAAAUGGAAGGGCCUCCGUUUGCCUGGAAGCCAAAUGACCUUAAGAAGGAUCGUCAGACUGGCUAGGGUCAGGUGGAUUCCUGGGCAAGUCUGCUGAUGAACACGCAUUCUUUCUCCUCCCGCUUCAGCAAAUGGCCAAGGAACUGAAGCCUUAUUGAGGACUAGGUGCAGUCAGCAGGAAGAGUCACCCCUGCUGUUGGCUGGGAAGCUCUGAGGGGGUGGGAGCUGUGAAGAUAUCCAGAUCCAAAGCUUUGGGUUGCCUUUGAAAGUUGGAACCACAGUUUUACUGUCUAAAAUCAGGAGGAGCCUGGAAGCAAUAAACAAACCAAAAUUAACCUGGUUCUCCUCCUCCUGGCUCCAGUCAGGGUAAACUGGCGCUUCUCAUUCCAAAGCCUCACGUGCACAGAAGAUCUGCAUUGAACAGCCUGAAGAACGGAGGCAUCUCCCUCUCCCGCCCCUCUUUCACCAACUCUGAAAAAGCAGGUGUGGACCUGAGGCCUUUAAGGAACUGAGAAUGAAACUGCCGAGGGGGCGGAAACAGCUCCAGAUGUGGUGACUAUUUCUCAGGGGGGAACCACUUGACUGGAACAUGAACAAAAUUGGGAAGUAGGUUGAACAAAUUUCUCAGAGCAGAACGAUUACAACAUUUGGGGGUUUUCUGUUUCUGUUUCUUUCUUAAAAGGGAAACAUGAGAUACAUUUAUAAAAUCAUUCUCACUCCCAUGAAAAUUGUGGCAGAUUUUAAUCUCUUUCUUUUAAUAUCGUAAUUUAGUGAGGUUGAACGGUGAGAAAUUCAGGGAAGAUUAAGAAAGUUUUUAUUUUUGCAUCCAGCAGAAUUAACUAAGGAAUGUACACUUCCUAAGGGCCACCGACAGGAGCGGCGACCGGGGGGGAAUAAGCCAAUGCACUAGAGGGGUGGACUGACUUUAAUGAGCACCAUUUGUUUCAUUGGAUUAAUUGGAAGAAACAAGGACAGUCCAGGUCAGGACUCAGAUGGGAGACCAUCAGAAAUCCCUGGACCAAAAGUCAGGCGGGGAAGGGAGGAAACUUUGCCCCAAAGGGAGACAGUGGCAAACCCCGUCUGCACAAUUGUCAAGAACACCACACAAACAUGUUGUGCUGACCAGAGAUGAGCCUGACACAGGGCAGCCGGUUGGGAGGCCUAUCAGAAAAGCUCCAGCUGGAAAGAGGCUGGGCAUAGAGUCUCUCCCUGUGGCUGCAGAGGCCUCCCUCCUCCUUUCCUCCUCAACUGCCCUGCGCAUGUGGCGGCUUCUGGGCCAGGAGAAGUAUGGCACUUGUCCAAUGGAAGGUGGCCAGGUGGAGCCGCCUCCCACCAGGGACGCAGACUUUCCCUGCAAGGGGGACACGGAAGACGCCCGAGCCUGCUCCACUGAAGCGCACCUGGCAAUAUGGACUCACAUAGCCACACCUUAGAUGGCCACCGAGCACUACUUGGCCAUCGUGAUGAGCCCAGGAGGGACCACAGGCUCUGAGGGAGGGUCUUUCCAUGGUGCUUCCCUGGGGUGCUUUUGGGGGGGGGGGCUAGGAGGCCAAUACCAGGUUCACAGCAGCCUUGCUCCCCCUUGGUGAAAGGAGCUUGGCUUUGGCUUUGGCUUCAAGGUGGGCCUUGCCCGGGGGGGGGGGGGUGUUAUCCAAAGGAGAGGCCGCUUUCAAGCCCUUCUCUGUGCACCAGAAAGUCUGGCUGGGGAAAACCAGCCAGUCAGAGAUGUCUGACCCCCGGGGAGAUGAAAACGAAAGGAGCUGCAUCUAUUCUAAAGCCCUUCCAGAUGUCGCUCUCUUUAUUUCCCCCUCCUCAAAGGUUUAGUUUUACAAAAUGAGAAGGACAGAAUGUUAAGUGGAGCAACUCUUAAAUCCAGCUAAUCGAUUCCAGAGGAUGGGAAAGGCGGUUUCCCUGGACGCACUUUCAUUCAGUCUCGCAUCUUUUGACCGCAGAAACAGCCCCAAAUGAGGGUAGCGGGGUGGCAAAUUGCCCAAGUGGUGGAAAUCAGAAACGGCCUCCAAGUGGAGAACCCAACAGUUCCCCCCAAAGGCUUUGGGAGGCAGCACUCCCCACAGGGGGGGGGGGACAACCCAAGGCCAAGAGCCAUGGGAAGUCAGGAUGGGAGCUGGGAAACCAAACAUCUCUAAUGCUCCUUCUUCCUCCUCUUUUCCCCCCAACAGCAGCCAUCUGAGGUGAGUGGGCUGAGGCAGAGGGACUGGUGGGAGGUCACCCAGCUGACUUUCAUGCUCAAGCAAGACUGAAAUUCACGGGCACCCGGUACUCUCCUAGUGCCUUAGCCAAACUGUCUCUCCACCUCCCUCCGGUGAAGACAGGGGCCGUCCAGAGUUGAAGGAGGCUCUCAGUUCAGAAGCAGAAGAUGAGCAGCCAGGCGGGGUGGGGGGUCGCGGCGGGGUGGGCAAGCCGGCAGCCAAGAGCUCCUGGCAUCUCUUGAUGCUCCUUCCCAAUUGUCCGUCGUCGCGCUCCUUCUCUGGCAAAACCGGCGAGUCCCGCGGCAGAGAGGAGGCGCGGGCGGGGCUUUCCCCCGAAGGGGGCAGCGGGGAAUGCCCAGAGGAAGUGAGAGCGGAGCCAGCUGCUCCAGCGCACGGCAGCCGACGCUCUUCUUUCAGUCGCCCUCUGGCAAACCCCUCGGAUGGCCGGCAUGGGGGUGUCGGCGCUGCUGCUGCUGCUGCUGCUGCUGCCGCCGUUCGCCUCCUGUCUUGCGGGCCACGGUGAGUGAAGAGCCAAGCGCGGCGACUGCCAAGCGGCGGGCCGGCCGGAGCGGGAGGGGGAGGGACGCCAACGGCCUGCUAACCGCCCGGGCGCUGCUGCCUGUGUCCUCAGGCGGAGAGCGGAUUCUCGCCGCGCCCACGGACGCCCACUUCCAGGCCCGGCUCUUCCAUCACCUGCUUCGCUGGGAACCGGGCCCUCAAGCGGCUGCCGCCGGGGUCCUGUACGAGGUGCAGUAUCGGAGGCUCGGCAACGACAGCUGGAGGGCCGCCGCCAACUGUACCCGGAUCGCGCUCACCUUCUGUGACCUCACCUGCGAAACUCAGCAGCCCGCGUUUUACUACCUGGCCCGGGUGCGCGCCGUAGCCGGGAACAGCUCCUCCGCCUGGAACAAGACGCGCCGAUUUACUCCCAGCCAAGCAACUCUAUGGCUCUCCAAGGUGACCCUCUCCAGGAGCAGGAACCAGAUCCAUGUCUCUCUGCGGCUUCCCACCAGCUGCUGGGCCAACCUCUCUUAUGAAGGCAGCUAUGAGGCCUGGGGGGAAUAUCUUGCCCGAGUCCGAAGAGUGUCCGACGACCAGGAGCUCCUGCAGGCCCACAGCAGUCUGGAAUUUGACCUGCCCCUGCUGCUGUGGGGGGAGGAGUACUGCAUCAGCGUGAAGCCUCGCGUGACCUCCAGGCCAAACCCUGCUAACUGGACGGAGGAGCAGUGUGUCUCCAUACCCCCCCUAGAAGAGAAGACUGUCCUUACCCCGAGUUUGGCCCUCCUGACUCUUCUCAGCCUUGGAAUUCUGGGUGCAGGGCUGAGCUUGGCCUCUGCCUACAAGAAGAAGCCCACAAGGAUGCCUUCAGUCCUGAAAUCACCCCUUGGGCACAGCUUCUGCUGGGGACUGAUGGAGCAAAGUGAAAUCUGCAUCCAACACAUGGAGACCGAGUCCAUCCAGCAGCUCUUCUUCCUGGGCCCACAGGAUCACGCACACCUGGAGGGGAGAGGGAGCCCUUGCACUGGAGCGGUGCUUCCAGAGAAGAACGGCCGGCGGGAAGAGGAGGGAAGAGGGCUGAAGGAAGGCAGCGGCUGCAGUGCAGACAGUGGCAUUUGCCUGCAGGAAAUCUCUGGCAGCCUGGACAAUCUGCAUUUCACCUUGGACAUUGGUCAAGAGGCCGGCGUGCAGAAAGAUGCCGGAAGCUCUGGGAUAAACGGGCAGCCGCUCCCAGGGGAAGGAUCACCACCCGAGGAUGUGACUGAGGCCCAUUUUUCUGGGUACAAGCAACAGUCAGGGGCUCCUUUGGAUUGCCUGGGGCCUCCCUCCAGCACGGAUGGGGAGCUGCUUUUGACUACUGGCUAUUUGAAGCAGACCUUCCUCGGAGCCCCCCCUGGCUUGCAGGGGGCUGCUCUCCCGAAGGACUUCCUGCAUCGCCUGGGUCAGGAGAAAGAGCAGUUUCCAAGCAGCUUGUCCCCGGAUGUCUUCGGACCGUAGGAGUGGCAGCCUCCUCCUCUCCAGACAAGAGCCUCCCUUGUCACUUCCCCUCCAGCGACAGCUGAUCUGGGAUCCCCAGGGAUCUCCUUCUCAGGGCUAGGUAUAAGAGGUCUGCCUCCUCCCUGGGAUCCACAAGGGCAGAACCCUGCAGAGAACUGAGAAUCCCUCUUGAGAGCGUGAGAAGGGAAGAGGGAGCCCGGAUGCAAAGCUCCUGAGUGCCUCAUUGCAUUUCCUCUUCUUUUCAAACUCUCCCGAAGGCCUCCGGUGGUCUGUGAGGCUGGAGGAGAAACCGGGGGUUCUCAAGGCAGAAACAAAAGCGAAUACGGUGAGGUAGUCCUCGCUUAAUGAGCAGAGUUGGGACCAGCAACUCAAUCACCAAGUGAUCUAGUAGUUAAGGCAUCCUGUGACGGCGGCAUCCUGUAUUUUUCCUGCCAGCUUCUCCGUUGGCUCUGCUUGUAUUAAGCUGGCUAGGAAGCCCCCACGUUGCUCAUGCGACCAUGGGACCCUCUGAUAAUGGUAGCUGCCCUCUGGAUGCAAAGUGCCCGAAUCUCAAGACAUGUCUGUCAGGAUACUGCAACAGACGUAAGUGCGAGGACUGGUCGUAAGGUUACUUUUUCAGCACUGUCAUAGUUUUGAACAGUUGGUAAACAGGGCAGUUGUUAAGCAAGGACCACCUGUGGUGCAGCUCACUCUCCCUUUUCUUCUGAAAAGGAAAGGAAGGCAAAAAGGGCCUUGAGUCUGGGGAAGGCUGUGCUACGAAAGGGGGCAGUGGGGGCCUCCAGUAGGAAAAAGACCUGCCCCUCUGGAUCCUCUGCAACGGUUGGUUGGUGCCAUCCAAAGGGCCCAGAGCUGCAACCCGGGAUGGACUCCAUCCAGUUCUCUCCAUGGAAUCCCGUCCUCCUGACCCCUUUUGCCUUUCCAAACAUCCGCAGGAGCUGCCCAUUUGCUGACUGUCCGGGAGGAGAAGCCAUGCGGUGACCAUGCAGCUGGCCGGCAAAGGUCCAGCCAUUCCUAAAUAGGAGGGGGGGGGGCUGGUGUUGGAGGUCCAUCUGGAGUCCUUCCCUAGGAAGGAGCUGGAGCAGUGAUAAAGAGCCAGACCUCAGGCACCCGGAUCUCAGGGAGGGCCCUGGGAUGAGGAGGCGGGGAUAGAGACUCUGCCUUGCCUGGGAAUGGUGCUGGGCAACAGAAGGGGGGGGGGGGCACUCAGCUGCCCAGGUCUUCAGCAACUCACAGGACAAGCCUCUGCUCAACACAAAUGCACCUUAAGUCUUGCCUCCCCCCCCCCCUCUCGAAGAGCCCUCCUCCCAGGCCAAGCUUCCUAAAGAGGGCACCCCAGACCAUCUUUUAUUUUAUUUUAUUUAUUGUAUUUAUUUAUUGUAUUUAUUUUAUUUUAUUUAAAGAAUUUAUAUGGUCACCCAACUCUGACAAUGUGAAAAGCUUACAAGAAACCACUAAAAUAAAAAUGACAAUCAAACUG